GGGAAGCGUCAGUGCCCGAACGCUGAAGGCAAACAAUCUAGAGAGAGAGACGAUGUACAGGACAUGAGCGAGAACUUUGUUAUGAAAGAAACACUCUACGACAGCGUGGCGCAAGAAUUGCGUGACAACGACACUGAGGAAGAGGAACCUAGUGACGACGAUGAUGAGGAGGGUGAAUCGAGCGACGUCGAUGAUGAUGAGGAGGAAACGAGCGAGGAUGCCAAUUUAGAAGACACAAACUCUGAGGAUGAUGAAGGGAAGAACGAGUCGGGAAUCGAUGUCGACAUGUUCAAGAAGAGUCUAUCUGGAGAUCUUUUAGGAGAAGCGAAACAGAUAAUAGCACAGGAGGUGAGAAGAGGACUGUACAACAAAUCAAGCAAGAGUGAGAAACCUCCUUACAACUUGGGAAAGCGCGGCAGGAACGUACGUGUGUACAACAAGAAAGCUAACUACCACGUGAACAUAAAGAAUGUCGAACUAGUUCUGAAGGAAGAUUGCUGCAAGGUCAACUGUUACAAGAAGUUCACAGCGGUAGAUGUUUUCUACAAGCGCGAAGAAUUUUGGGCGAUGAAACAACCUGAGCAACUCAACUUCUUUCUCGCAGAGAUGAGGGCUGCAUCGUACUUUUCGGAUGAGGGAGAUUUAAAGGUAUUAAGAGUGACGAGUGACGUUCAACGGUGUAAAGCUGAUGUCGACAGAGCAGGUGAAGAAGUUCCACCAACCGCUAAUGGCUUUGACCAACGCUGGGAUGAUCUUUUCCCUCCUGAGAGACCCAUCUACAUCGGCGCACGCAAGAGCAGACAUUUUCGAGAGGACAAAGACGGAAAGUACGACGAUCUCGAGGUCAACACUUUCAUCGCGUUACGAGCUUGUUCGGGGCAGGAAGAGAGAGGCAAACCUUACCACAUUGGCAAGGUUGUCGAGCUGCUAGCAGGUAAACGGCUCAAAGUUGUUUGGUUUGCACAACGUGAGAAAGGAGAGGGUUACUAUCCUCAGUUCAAGACAAAUCCUCAGUUCAAGACUACGAGAGAGCCUUCCGAGGACGUCUAUGACUGGAGCUGCGGCGUUCUUUGUUACAACUUCCAACUGAAGACAGACAGGAUCUUUUUCUCGCUGACCAGACAAAAGAUCUUUGAGAUGUUGAAUUCCAUGGCAACGGAGGAUGUCGACUAGGAAGACCUUCUAGGAACCGAUUGCUUCGGAGGUUGGCAGAGUGUCAUCGAGAUCGAGGUCAUUUCUGC